AGUUCAUUAUUUGAAAGACUGGCUGUUUCUUCAAUAAGUUACAAUACAUGUCCUUCUGAAGCUCAUCAAGCUAUACCUACGAUGUUAGAUGAAGGUGAAUACCAUAAAAUCAAAGACUGGCGAAUGAGUGAAGAAGAAUCAAUUAUACUAUCCACCCAUUGCAACAACACCCAGUCAACUACAGUUGAAUACAUACCUUUGCAACCUAGCAGACACUAUAAUGAAUGAAAAACGAACACAGGAAGAAAAAAGUGAAAUUGGAUUUAUAGUAGACAAUGUGUCAUCCUUAUUCAAGUAUCUUUUCCCUGCAAAUGAUGUCCUAUUAUGCAAAUGGGAGAAAGCGUCAACUUCAAAUAAGAACAAUGAAUGCAAGAAAAUCCGCACUGACUUUGUUAUAAUGGCUAAUGGAUUAGAAGUUGGAUGUGGAGAAGUUAAAACUGCAAAUACAUCAUUUUACUUAUUAGAAGAAGACAGGGCAAGAAUGGCAGAGACUCUGAAAAGACAACUUCACGUAAGAAUGAUGAAGAGCAAAAAAACAAAAGAAUUUGUCAGCUUUGGCAUUUUAUUUGAUGGGUUCAAAAUCGAACUCUACACCAUGACCUUUGAAGCAGAAAAAACCCCACCUUACCAACUUUAUGAAGCUGAAAAACUGACACUCCCUAGCUCGCCUGAAACAUAUGUUCAUUUUGAAGAAACUAUUGAACACCUUAUAAGCUUUAAGACUUCCAUAAUUUCAAGUAUGCCAGAAGAAACAGAUAUAUUAGAACCUUACAUUUAUCAUGAUUAUAUCCAUCUCUUGAAACCUACUAUGGCCAUUAAGAACUAGUAUUAUAUUUCAUAUAAAUAAAACACUACUGUUCAUAUAAAAAAAUGAAAAUAAACUUCAA